AUGGGGAAUGAAAUAAAAAUUUUAACAAAAUUAUAUUAUGUUGUUUCAGUAGACAACGAUAUAAAACAAUUAGUUUUAAAAGCAUGUUGUGGGGAUAAUUGUGAAGAAUUUCAAAGACCCGAAGAGAUGUAUGGAAUUAUGUGUUGUGGAGAUGAACCAAGUAACCAAUUUGAAGAAAUUUGUUGUGAAAAUGUUCCAAGGAGGUAGAAAAAUUUUAAAUCUAGGUCUUAUGAUCUUAGGGAAAAUGUUAAAUAAAUUGAGAUAGGGAGUUGUCUUUCUUGACAGUUCUGUUAUUCGAUGUUC